UUGGCCUGCAGCGGAAUGCAGGCAUUGCGGAGAGCAGGCUGCGAGUUAUUAUUGGUGGAUACUUACUUACUGUACGUAGCUAAAAGCUUCUCCAACAAGCGAGCAAAACCGCUCCUUUCUGCACAAGAACGCAGCAGCGCGAAUUUUCGACUUGGAAAAGAUGACGGGUCCAAGACGAUGCCGUGCCGAAAAACUUGUGGGGAAAAAGAGGCACGGCAUAUUGAGCAGGUGUGUCGUUUGCACGUCUAG